UAUACAAAGACAUUUACUUGAGUACUAAUGAAAAAGUAUCAGACAGACAAAAAGCCCUUUUGCGUGUUAAAGCUUUGAUCGAAUUAUUGAAAGGACUGAAUACUGGUCAAAGUCAAGCUUUGAAUAAACUUAUUUUAACGUGGUACGGUAAUAAUGAAGUAGGCAGCGAAGAAUUACAGGUUUUAUGGGAAAAGUUUUCAAUGAAAUCAUCGGAUACAGAUCCAUUAGAUAGUAGAACAACUUUGAUGCUGAUAACGAUGAUAGCUCAAGCUCAAGGUGGUAUUUUAACCGAAAAUUUGGAUGUAUUAAUAAAAGUGGGCUUGGGGCCACGAGCAAAAACUGAUCUUCUUCUAGCUAGAGAUACAUGCAGAGCGUUGAUGAAGAUAAAAAGGAAAGGUGACGACACUGAAAAGUCACCUAUUAGGUAUACCAAUGAUCACGAAAUGUUUAAAGAAAUCGUUACGUUACUAAUAGAAAAUUUUACUAACACAAAAGAAGAUACUGUCGUCGUAACAGACGCUAUUAACGCCAUUUAUCAGUUAGCAAAUCAGCCUGCUCAUUUAAUGGAGCACGUAGUAUUAGAAGUGUAUAACCGAGGAAAAUUCAAUAAUAACAAUACGACGCUACACAUUCCAUCUUACUGGCUAUCGAAAUUUCUACACUUAAUCGGGCACAUUGCAAUUAGAGAAAUGGUACAUCUGGACACAUCAGUCUACACGGAAUUAAAGCGAAGAGACACGAUACGAAAAUCAAGAAACAUAAAGAAAUCAGAUACAAAUAAAAGGAAUACUCGUAAAUCCAGUACCAUGAACAAAUCCUUCACUACCCCAAAUAGUGCGAGGCAGAUGAUUCGUAAUAAAGAGGCGAGCAUAGUGGAAGAUAACGAAGAGGAAGGUGUGGAAGGAGCAGCAGACGAUGAGGAAGCAGAAUUGAUAAACGGUGUUCUUGAAAAUCAUAUUGUAACUGGAGACGAACUUCUAAUAAAAUUUGUUUCGCUAGUGUUACAUGUAUGUCAAAAUCCCAAUAAGUAUAAUGGUAAAAUGAUGACAGUGAGCUCAAUAUUUUCCAAAACAAACUUGCAUCUUUAAAUUGCGAUACUCGAACGUUCGCCGUACCCUGGAAUUCGAGCAAACGUUCUUAUCGGAAUAACGGAUCUUGCAUCGAAAUUUCCAAAUGAAAUUGAACCAUGGAUGAAACACAUUUAUGGCAGACUACGGGAUAAAGAUACGCACGUACGAAGUACCUGUGUUCGUGUUUUAUCGAGUCUUAUAAUGAGAGACAUGGUGCGUAUCAGAGGCCAAAUAUCGGAAUUAACUCUCUGCAUAGUCGACAAAGACUUUAAAAUUCGUCAAAGUGCAAAACAAUUUUUCAAAGCAUUUUCGCAGAAAAUCAAUGCCUUGUACAAUAUAAUGCCCGACAUAUUGUCUCAAUUAACCGAUCCUAAUUUAGAUAUAAGCGAAUCGGAUUUCCAAGAGGUUCAAAAGUAUGCAUUGUCGAUCAGAAAUAAACAUAUACACUCGACAGUUUGAUCCAAUAAUUUACAUUUACAGACAGAUCUUAGGUUUAUUGAAAAACAAAUCGAGACUAUAAUCGAUCGAAUUUGCGUCAGAUUUCAACUGACUACUACAGAAAGACAGUGGCGUGAUUUUUCAUACUGUCUGUCACUCUUACAAUUUGGGCCGAAAAGUAUACAACGUCUUAUCGAAUGUUUACCUCUAUUGAAAGAGAAAAUUUACCACCGGCAAGUUUUAAAAGCUUUGCAGAAUGUUGUGGAACAGUGU